CGACCCCCUGCAGGCCUUCAGGCUGGUCAUAUGAUGGAUGAGUCAGACGAUGAUUUUAAGGAACUCUGCGCCAGCUUUCUCCAAAGGGUGAAAAAGAAUGUCACCAAGGAAGUGUCAGGGGAAAGGAAGACACAAAAGACCUCCAGCAGCACUCAGAUAAGCAAAUCAAAAAGGACCAAACCAACUGCCACCAAGGACAAAGCCCUUCAAGGCCCCAGGGAGAAGAAGACUCGUUCUGGCAGCCAGGCCCCAAGGACUAAAAAGCAAGGGGCACCCGAGUGGCAGAGGAGUGAACCCGCUCCCCCUGAGAAUGGAGGGGGAAGUGUGCUUGCCUCUGCUGCGCUCCAGGAGGGUGUGCAGAGCACCCAGACAGAGGCUUCUCCGGAUAGCAGCUCCCAGCCGGCUCCUUCCUGUCUGACAGUGAUGGCUCCGAGUCCCUCCAAACCCCGGACAGCAGAGCUGGUCCUCCAGCGAAUGCAGCAGUUCAAGAGAGCGGACCCCGAGCGUUUGUUGCGCGCUUCGGAAGGGUGCUGUCUGCAGGCUGCACUGGCAGAAAAUGCCCCAGCGGGCCCUCCAGAGGAGAUGACGGCGGGGAAUGGGCCUGGGCCCAGGCUUCCCGCCACCGAGAGCGAUGCUGCAGUGGCCUUGGCCCUGCAGCAGGAGUUUGGGGAGCAGCGAGCAUCGGCUCAGGAGGCUGACCUGGAGGAGACGGGCUUGUUCUUCUGCCAGAUCUGUCAAAAGAACCUGUCAGCCAUGAAUUUGACACGAAGGGAACAGCACGUGAACCGGUGCUUGGAUGAAGCUGAAAAGGCACUGACACCCUCCACACCUCAGAUCCCCGAAUGCCCAAUUUGUGGCAAGCCCUUUCUCAGCCCAAAGAGCAGAAUGAGCCACUUGAAGCAGUGCGCGGUGAAGAUGGACGUCGGCCCCCAGCUCCUGCUCCAGGCCGUGCGGCUGCAGACGGCUGAGCCUGACGAGGCCAGUGGCACACCGGCGUCGAGCUUCAGCAAUCACAUUGGUCUGAAGCGGAAGGGAGCCCCCAAGAGGAAGGAGCCGCAGAAGAAAUGGAAGGUCAACGAGCCCGAGGUGCCGUCCGAGGACCUGCUGGUGGCCAUGGCUCUGUCCCGGUCUGAGAUGGAGCGGAAUGCUGUGCCCUCGGUGCUCAGACUGGAAAGCGCUUUCUCCGAGAGGAUAAGACUGGGGGCAGAAAAGAAGAGUCGUAAGAGGAAAGCACUUGUAUGCCCUCCCCCAUUGUUAGUCCAGGACCUGGAGACCAGAGGGAGGCAGACAGAGGACCGAGUGGCCCAGCUCUUCGCAGAGGAGAUGGAGCUGUCCAGCACGCCGCCACUGCCCGCGAGCAGGAUCCUGAAGGAAGAGCGGGAGAAGGCCGGACGGCAUCUGCAGUCACCUGGGGGAAAGCAGAACUUUUUGUGGGAGGGCAGCGCCCUGACUGGGGCCUGGGUUCUGGAAGACUUCUACACCGCAAGCCUGGUCCCUCCCAUGGUGCCCCAGCAGCCCGCGAAGGGUUGUAGCCAGGAGCCCACGCUGCCGCCUGAUCAGCCAGAGCUGGGGAUGCAAACGCCACCCGCUCUCCCCAGCGCUCCGCCUGUGGACCAUGGCCCCAGGAACCUAUCACCCUCUGCCAGCCAGAGAGAGCACCAGGCCUUGCAGGAUCUUGUGGACCUGGCGAGAGAGGGGCUGAGUGCCACCCCGUGGCCCUGCAGUGGGGGCCCGGCACACUCAGGAGGGGCCACAGGGAUGGAUAUGUCGCCUACCGGCCUUCCACCGACUGGGUUUGUCCUGCCACCUGAGGAGAAGCCCCUGGACAGGGGCAGCCACGCUUCGCUCACCCUCGGUUUGCUGCUGGCCGACCUCGGAGCCAUGGUCGAUAACCCACAGCUGAGUGACGUCCAGCUUCAGACGGACCGCGGGGACGUGCUUUACGCCCACAAGUUCGUGCUGUAUGCCCGAUGCCCCCUUCUCAUGCAGUAUGUGAACAGCGAAGGCUUCUUCGUUGUGGAGGACGGCGACCCGCGGAGCCAGCGUGUGCUGCUGAGUGACGUGAGCACCGAGGCCAUCCGCGCACUCCUGCACUACCUCUACACCGCGGACCCCGGCUUGCCUCCCCGGCUGGCCCCUGACCUCCGCGCUCUGGCCCACAGGUUUGGGGUUAGCGAGCUUGUUCUUCUGUGCGAACAAGCGCCUGACGUGAGUGAUUCGGAGGACGGACCGUGGAAGCAGAAGGAAGACAAGGAUUGUGAAAGCCGCGCGGAGAACUUCCAAGAACUCUUGAGGUCUGUGUGGGUAGAUGAGGAGGAAGAAGCGGAGGCUUUGUUGAAAUCUGAGAGCCUUGAAGAAGACAGAGAAAAAGUGAAUGAAGCAGAAAUGGAAGAAAUUUAUGAAUUUGCAGCCACUCAACGAAAGCUGCACCAGGGGGAAGGAGCUCCAGAGAUCAAGGAAGAAGCUGACCAGAUUGGGGACAAUGGUCCAGUGUCUGCUCAAAUCCUAGCAAGUGACCAGAUCAGCGAACAGUCAGAAAAUGCAGAACAAAUGGAAUCAUCUGGUCAGGAAAGAGGAGACGCCCCAGCCAAACAGAGAAGCAUGAGACAGUCCACGCCCCCGCCACUCCAGGGCCAGUGUGUGGAUGAGGAGAAAGCAGGGGCGCCAGAGGAAGCACUGGGUCGUUCUGGCUCCCCUCCCCCUUCUGGGGGCUGCAGGGAAGGGAGAAAGGAAGGCAGGUUCUGGGGCUCAGCUGAUGUUCCUGAGGCCCGGCCGUGCUCAUCAACUCCCAGAAGAUGCCGUGGGCUGUCCCAGAUCGUGAGCCAUCUCCAGGAAGCCAAUGGCAUGGUCUUGGGACCGAGGGCGGGGAGCCCCUGUGCCCCUGCUCCCCGGCAGACACCCCCGUGGAGCCCGUGCCUGUCACAGCCCCCUGGAGGCCAGAGUCCCGGCCCGUCACACCCUCGUCCUUGUCUCAGGGGUGAGUCACCCUCGCCAGGGCCCCAGCCGCAGGGCAGAGCUUCCGGGGUGACCUCCCAGGACUCCCCAGCAAAGCGGAGGAGGAGCAGGAGCCUCCUCACGAUACUUCAAGAUCCAGGCCUCCAGAAGGGUGAGGACCGUGGUUCCUUGUUGGAAUGCAGAAAUAAAGGGGCGCUGACCUCCCCAGAGAAGUCUCCAUCCAUCGACCUAACGCAGUCAAAACCUGCCUGUUUGAGCUCCAGAUCUCAGAACGCUCCAUCCAGCAAGAACAGAGAAGAUGAGAUUAUUCUUUUAUUGGAUUCAGAUGAAGAACUGGAGCUAGAACAAAGCAAAAUAAAGUCAGGUUUUAAUGGUCCCCUGGAAGGAAGGAACGUUCUAGAAGUUAGCCCCAAGUCUUCUGAGCUAUUUUCUGUCAUCGAUGUCGAUGCAGAUCAGGAAAUUCUCCAAAGCCCAGUGAGAAGAGAGGCUUCCCUGCAGGGCGGGGAGGAGAGGCCAGCAGGGAACCGGGGUUCUAUGGGGGGCAGAGGGACCCCUCGGCUGUCAUGUGACCCCGAGAGCAGCCCCGAGGAGGACAGCACCACGGAUACCUCAUGGCUCGUGCCCGCCACGCCAUUGGCCAGCAGAAGCCGGGACUCCUCCUCGCAGACGCAGGUAACAGGCCUCAGGUCCAGGGCUUCGGUGGACCACAUGGCUCAGGUCAAGCCCUGGGCCCCAUUAGAAAACAGGGGUGGGCCCAAAGCUGCAAGUAAGUCUUCGGUCAUCACCCCCCAGAUGUCAUCAUCAUGCCUGGUCCCCACCUAUGCAGGCAGCCCCGACAGCCAGAACCCUUCUAGGAGGCCCCACCCCGGGCGCCACCAGCGCGGCUCUCCAGCUCCCUGUCCCGUCUCCGUCGGCCUCGCCGAUCUCACCCGGCAGUCCCAGAAGCACUGCCCUCCGGGGCCCGGCCUGCUGAGUCAGGCCAUCGCCAGCGAGGUGGUGGAGGUGGAGGACAGCGAGGAUGAGCAGGAGGCAGCCUCGCAGCGGGCAAACAGCAGCCCCCUGCUGGACGGCGACCCUCCGAUACCGGUGGACGAGUGCCACUGGCACGUGGAGCCCCUCUCGCCGAUUCCCAUUGACCGCCUGAACCUCGAGCGGACCGGCUCCCUGAGCCCUGGCAGUCCAGGCGGUAAGGCCCGGGAGGCCCUAGACGGCAGUGGCUGCCACUCCCCAGCCUUCCCGGCCACCGCCCCUGCCCGCGGAAGCUGCGCUGGCCAGAGAAAGUCUCAAGAGAAGUCCCCUCGGGCCAGCUCACCUGGGAGCUGCAGACCGAGCUUUCUGAACUCCGCUCUGUGGGACGACUGGGAUGGAGAGGACCAGAAGUCUCCAGAGCUGCUUCCUCCAGCCCAGACACCGAGCGCUGAUGUUGCUGCUCAGAACUCAGAAGCGCUGGAGACACCAAAAGGUGCUAAUCGGAAGAACUUGCCCCCGAAAGUGCCCAUAACACCCAUGCCAAGGUACUCCAUCAUGGAGACUCCGGUACUGAAGAAAGAACUGGAUAGGUUUGGGGUCCGCCCUCUACCCAAACGCCAGAUGGUCCUAAAGCUGAAGGAGAUAUUCCAGUACACUCACCAGACUCUGGAGUCCGACUCGGAGAACGAGAGCCAGUCCUCCCAGGGGCCCCCGCAGGCUCUGCACAGCCAGACCCACGCCAGCAGGACCUCCAAGGCUCCCAGGGCCACUGGCCGUGCCCGACUGGAGGCCACUUCAGGCCCUCUUCCCCAAAGGUCCAAGGGCUCCACUAAGACCAAGGGCCCCCGACAUCAGAAGAAACAGCCUGGUGGAAGCAUCCCUCCCAUGAGCUCCUCACCGGUCAGGGAGGGGCCUCCAGACCCUGAUGGGGACGCCCAGCUCCCGGCCUCCCAGGAAUCAGUGGCCUCCUCCGUGGAUGGCAGUGACAGCUCCUGUAGCUCACUAAGCUCUUCUUCCUGUGAGUUUGGAGCGGCCUUUGAGUCUGCAGAGGACGACGAGGGCGAAGAGGAGGGCAGUGCGUCCCAGGCGGCCGUGCCCGCAGCAGCCACGGAGGAGGCCGUGAGGCAAUACAUCCGCUCCAGGCCGGCCCUCUACCGCAAGGUCCUGCUGUACCAGCCCUUCGAGCUGGCCGAGCUGCAGGCCGAGCUGAAGCAGCAUGGCAUCCGUGUGGCCACCCAGAAGCUGCUGGACUUCCUGGACGCUCACUGCAUCACCUUCACCACCGCCGCGGCCCGGAAGGAGAGGCUCCGCAGGAAGAGGCGGCAGCCGGUGGGCAAGAAGAGGGGCCGAGCCGCCAGGCCGGUCCGUCCCUCCGCAUCACAAGCCGUCAGCGGCCUGUGAGGCUCCGCAGCCGCCGGCAGCAAGCCAGGCCUCCGCGGCCCUUUCUGGGUCUGGGGACCGCAUCCUUUCCCCAUAAGAGGGGCCACGGCACCGCGCUGGGUCGGCUGUUCCCAACUCCAUUUCCUGGGGUCGUGUUCAGAGCGUGGCACCCAUGGCCCUUCCCUCUGUUGGUGCCCGCUGUUUGUCUCCCUUUAACCCCGCCAUGCCCCCGGGUGCUUCAGAGGGGCGGCAGGCGGGGUUCUUCAGACACACAGUGUCCCCAUCCUGAGACGGAUGCCCAGGGCCAGCUUGCCCCUGCCCUGCCUUCUCUUCCAAUCACAGCCUCCACUAGCACACCAGGUAUCCACAAGCCUCUCGUGCCACCCAGCCUCGGCUGGCCCAGACACCUGUCCUUGUCACCAGCAGUCUCUAAACUAGGCAGUGCAGGAGGGCCCAGCACAGCUCCAAAGGCCCCAGAAUCCGCAUGUUGUUUGUCAUCUGGCUCUGUCGGUGUGUAGUAAGGCUGUCUCUGGCCUCUGGAGUGGGCUGGAACACAGGUGACAGCCAGAAAGGAAGAAAAGUUGGGGUGUCUACAUCCUUGCAAAUGUCUCGUUUUAAAUACAUGCGGUCCAUUUUCUAUGAUGUGCAAUAAAAACAAAAAGGCUUUAUAAAAAUC